GUGAAACGCAUUCUAAGUCGAAAGAGAACUAGUGUGAUUCUGUGUCUCAUAUACUGUGUUAAUUUAGCAAGUAUGUUACCAGAAUAUUGCACAUCUUAUCUUGGAUGGAGGGUAGUGUCUGACAGAAACAAAACGCUCAUUGGCAUAUUAUUUACAAGUAGCAGAUCCGAUGUAGAGGGCGUGGCUUACAUUCUUCACUCAACACUUGGAAUGACGUCAUUUAUGGGUGUUGUAAUUGUUACAGUUUUAUUAGUAAGCAAAUUACGACAAAGCUCUCAAUGGCGUAAACAAGCAACAUCAAACUACAGCACACACGAAGCGUCAUCCGACAGAGAGAAGAAGACAGUAAAGAUGGUAGUCCUAAUUGCCAGCAUUCUGAUCGCAUGCUACACACCUAGUGCAGUCACCGGUUUGGCAGCGUUUAUAAUUGGACCUGAGUUUAACAUUAGAGGUGCAUACACUAAUAUCUGUACAGCGAUGUGGUCUAUGGCUUUGACUAUUGAAUCCAUAAACUCUAGUGUGAAUAUCUUUGUGUAUUACUCAAUGAGCUCAAAAUAUAGAGACACCGUCCAUAAGGUUAUCUUUCGAAAGACACAGCAGUGA